AUGGCUACUCUGGAACAGCAAUUCGAGGCAGCAACCUCAGCUCGAGAGAUCCCUGGUGUUGUCCUUCUUGCCAGUAAUGCCGAUGGAACGUUCAAAUACGAAAAGGCAAUUGGCCCUGCAACUCCAAACUCUCAAAUUGAGCUUGACUCGACUUUUGUCUUGGCAUCAUGCACGAAGCUAGUAACUUCUAUCGCGGGUUUGCGGUGCGUAGAACAGGGACAGAUUGGUCUUGACGAUGAUCUGUCUCCCGUCUUGACAGAGUUCAAAGACAUCCAAAUCAUUGAGGGCUUUGAAACUGGAGCAGAUGGAAAGGAAAUUCCCAUUCUCAAGCCAGCUAAGAACAAGAUCACUUUAAGACAUUUGCUUUCGCAUACAUCGGGAGUCGGCUACGAUAGUGUUGCACCAGAGCUCGUCAGAUUCCGCGCCUCUCAGGGUAUCAACUCCGUUCAUACUCAUAACACCGAUAUGUUAAAGACUAUCACUCUCCCACUUUUGUUCGAGCCCGGUACAUCUUGGGCUUACGGUUACAGUCUCGAAUGGGUAUCUCUUCUUGUGACUCGUCUCAAUAACGGCCAAUCAUUGGAAGACUACGCUCAAACCCACAUUUUCAACCCCCUCAAUAUUAAUGACAUAACAUUCCAUCGUGACCGCAACCCACAUGUUCAAGAAAAACUCGUGAAAAUGACUCUUCGUAGUGGAUUAGAUAAUUCCACAUCAGUCUUCCCGUUGCCAGGCAAAGGCAACGGGAAAAUAGAAUGGACUGAUGAACUUCUGUGUAUCAUUGAACAAAGAGAUUGUUUUGGAGGCCAUGGACUUGCCGGAUCCGCAAGUUCGUAUCUCAAAAUCCUGACAUCUCUUCUGCGCGACGAUGAGAUUCUACUCAAGAAGUCCACCACGGCGGAAAUGUUCAAACCGCAGAUCUCAGAAAAUGCGGUAAAGAAUAUGUGUGAUAAUUUUGUGGCCGCAGAUUUCCUCCAGGGAACAUUUUCUAGUCAACCCCCGGGGCGAAAAUUGAACCAUGGACUGGGUGGAUUACUCAUAGAAGAAGACGUCGAGGGAAGCAAGAAGAAAGGUACCUUGACUUGGAGUGGUAUGCCGAAUUUGUUGUGGAGUAUCGAUAAACAGACGGGGUUGGCUUGUCUCUAUGCUAGCAACAUAUUGCCUUUUGGGGAUCCAAAGAGUCAUGAGAUGCAACAGCUGUUUGAGAAAGAGAUGUAUAAGAGAUUUGGCGAGUUUCAAAAGACGUUGAAGUGA